UGCAGACAGUCUUCCUAUAUCUAUCUCUGUAUCUAUAUCUCUCAUAGACCCAGUCGCACCACUUUGAAAAUUGUAAGAUCUCGAGCAGGUGGUGCAUCAAUGGCGUUCAUAUCUUUCCUGGGCCGUGUUCUGUUUGUAUCCGUUUUUGUUCUAUCUGCUUGGCAAGAGUUCAAUGAAUUCGGUGUUGAUGGUGGACCUGCAGCAAAAACUAUUGAUCCUAAGUUCAGUGUGUUCUCAAAGCAUGUCACCACACAUACCGGCUACCAAGUGCCAGAGUUUGAGAUCAAACUCCUGGUUGCUGGAGCUAUAGUCUUCAAGGGUAUUGGAAGCCUUCUUUUCAUUUUUAACAGCUCACUUGGCGCUUUUCUUCUGAUUGUCCACCAGGUGAUUACUACUCCCAUCUUUUAUGACUUCUACAACUACGAUACUGAGUCGAAAGAAUUUGCUCAACUUUUUAUCAAGUUUACUCAGAAUUUGGCGUUGUUGGGAGGACUACUGUUUUUCGUCGGGAUGAAAAGCUAUACUUCAAGGAGAGUGGUGAACAAGAAGAAGCCUAUUAAACCAAAAGCACACUGAUUGAAUUUGUUGAGGACAUAAUUUUGUAAAAGAUUGGUGGCUGCUGCAACCAUGCAACCUUAUUAGUACUUGUUUUCCCUUUUGUUUCAACAGUUUGCCAUCCAUUGCUUCUUCUGUAAUGUUUAGGAAUCCUGGGAUUUGUUAGAUUUAAUUUUUUAUACAUGAAUGGUUUUCA